UGCAGUGGUCAGUCAGUGAGCCAAGAUGAAGCUAAAGAAAGGAGCUCUUUUAAAUUAUCUGGACUUUGACAGUGUCUACUGUCUUCUCUCCCUGCGCAACACCAAAAUACUAUCUGACUACUUCAAACUACUGGAUGUCCACAACAGGAACACUCUGAAUGACAUCCAGUUCUACCACUUCAUGCACCAUGUGACUGACCUGAAGAAGAAGGAGAUCAUGAUGACCUUUGACAUGUUAGACUGGAACGCCAGCGGAGAGAUCGGCUUCGAACAGUUCUACAUGCUGGUCUGCAUCCUGCUCUGCAGCGAGUACCACGUGGAGAAGAACUUUAUCUUCCGUCACUCCAGGCCGGUGUUUGAGUUGUUGGACAUGGACGGAGGUCAUACAAUCAGCCCCGCCGAGUUCCAGGCCUCUGGCUUCCUGUUCAAUCUCAAGGGACACGCCCUCGAUAAGAUUUUCUACGAGUUCGACGUCUCCGGAGACGAGCACCUGAACUACAAGGAGUUUAAGAUGUUCACUAUGGCCUGUAUCUACAUGCAGGAGGAGACCAAGAAGAUGCAGAAGUUGCAGGUGAGGAGAACCAGCACCCCCAGACAGGAGAGAUGUGCGACCAACGCAGGGGUCACACACACACCUCCCGACUCACACAGUGGACGCAGCAGCCACACUGAUUGAGAGAUAGGGAGAGAGGGAGAGAGGAGGAAUGAAGUUGUUUACAGGGCUGAGA